AUGAUUGACGUCAGACUUGCAACAGCCAUAGAGACCUUGCUAAGGUGUAUGCGGUACAAUGGAACUAAACCUGAUGCAUCCACCUGUAGAAGUCGAGAGCUCGUCAACAAUCAGGUCACCUUGAAAUUAAGAAUGGAGUCAAACCUCAUGCUGGUCUGCUGGGAUCAAAUGGACGACUCUCUGCAUUGCCUGGUUCAUUUGGGCCUCUGUGAAGACCAAUCACACACACAGAAUGGUCAAGAAAAGGCUUUGUCCAAUCUGAGAUGUCAACCAGUGCUUCGCCAGGAAGCUGCAAGAUACGAAGCAUCGUCAAAUCGGGGCCCUGGAGCAGCCGAUGUCAAACAGCACCCGGAUUAA